AUGGACAGUCCAAAGUCGCGACACCACCCGUCACACUCCGACACUAGUCUAAUACUAUCUCCAGACACAUUUCCAUCUCAAUUGUUAAUUACAAAUCAGUCGAAAGAGUAUUUGGAAUAUCCUUCACUUACAAUAGUUACUGCAAGUAACCCUGUUAAAGGUCAUAAAGAAGACUUUAAACCAAUACCACCGAAACCAACUAAAACCCCUCCAUCGCCUCGAAAGGUUAUUAAACAACACACAAAACCAAUUUCAAAGAGAAUCAUCGAAACUAAUGAGUUGGCAAAAACACCACAAAACACACUCCCCCAUGUCAUCUUAGAGAUUCCUACACGGUCCAAAUCAAAUAUCGGCGAAAAACCGAACUAUCAAGCUCCUAAGCCACAAAGAAAGUUUCUGGUCGUCGACUCUCAAACGAAGAAAAUACGAAGAAGAAUCCAGUCGAGAUCUUUCAUGUUUGUCGACGGCGUUCCUCUUAAUGUUAAACCACCUCUUCCACUCUCAGAAGCGUUUGUUACGCAAUGCAAACACACAAAUUACUCCGAAAAGCCCGUCAAUGAGAGGAAUAUCCCAACAGUAACAAUUAAAGCAAUUCCACCAGCUGAAAUACUCAAUGACGGCAUUGUAAACACAGACGCUAAAUUACUCCCGGACUCUACUUCCGUGUUUCCAACUGCAGAAAAUAAGACUCAGAAAGUACCGAAAAUGAAGGGAGAAAGGAACUUCAAGAACAAUUCCCUUGCUAUCACAACACACCCGAUGUUCAGGUACCUCAAAAAGAAUCACCAAAUACUUUCAGACGCGUUGAAACUGAACGCGUUGUUCUUACUUCCACCAGCUUCCUCAAUUUCUGAUCUGAAAUUGACUCCCGGGUUCAUAUACACGCACUUCAUUUUACUCGACACAGAAACCCUAAAAUUCACAACUCUCACACAAAUCCCGGGUUCUAUAAAUGACGGCAAAGUUAAGGUGUAUAUGUCCGAUGUGAAGGACUUCGUCGGCACUGAUUUCGAAGACUUCCGCGACGUGUUAGAAUUCGUGCAAGAAAUUGCAACGUCAUCGGCUGGAAUCUACUCCACACGAAUCACGGGAAUCGACACGUAUAAUGGACAAGAAGGAAAAUUACUCUAUGUGAUGAAUAUAGAAAAUCCAUUAUAUCAACAUGGAUGCAGUUGGGCGUGGAAAUUAAUGGAUGGGUACGCUCCAUUGAUGUUCAAUGAGAACACUAUAGAACUCUCACUGGACUUGACCUUCGAGACUAUUAGAAGUGGGAUACCUGGCAUCGAAGAACAGGAGAAGCUCUACCAGAAGUCGCCCACCGAGAGUGUCUGUGUCUUAUUUGCGCCGCCUCUUGAUGAUGAGAGGAAGAAGGAGCUUUUAAAUGUCGUUGAGAAGCAAAAGGGGGUAUACAAGAGGGUUUACGAAAUACGUGAAAUUAAAGAGGAAAUCGACAGUUUUGUAGCGAGCUUUCCUGAGAUGGUGAAUGGAAUGAAGUUGGAAGAACGGAAGAGUGUUAUUGAUAAAUAUGUGAAAGAGGUUGUGGGAACGCUACGACAGAGAAAAGCGAUAAUUAAUGAAGAUAGGACUUGCGCUAUUGUACUUAACCGAGCGAUCUCUACAAGGGUAUUUCCAUAUAUCUGGCCGCCAAGCAUUGAAGUGAUGGAAGGAAAACAAAUGAAAGAAACUGAGGAGGAUGCGCGAAUUUCUUCUCAAAUUUUCGACCAUCAAUUUAUGAGUCCUGAAUUGUUGGAUGUUGAAUUUGAUGAGAACAAAGCGACUAUUCCACUGAGUUAUGCGAUCAACUGUUUGAAACAAAUUGAUUCGGUUAGAACAGCACAAGACAAAUUGGCGUAUAUCUACGUCUCAUUAAAGGUACUCGAGAUGACUAUAGUCUAUGUCACUGGAAAUGUCUCUGGAGACACUUUUGUGCCUAUUCUUAUUUACGCAUUGUUGAAAGCAAAUCUCCCCCAUUUGGCCUCGACUAUCAGUUUCGUGUCCACAUUUGCGGAAACAACACACGGAGCCCAUUCUUGCUACUUUUGCAACUUUGUAGCGGCAGCUUCUUUCAUUAAGGAGUUGACUGAAAAGUCGUUCCAUUUCGAAGAAGAUGGGCUUUAUACACAAUUCGUCCAACAAAGUAAGGAUACCAUCAAUUUCACUGUUAAAAGACUCUGCCCUCCAAUUAAUCCGUCCACUCUGUUCACUUUAUUCGACUUCAACAGGCCAGACGACUCCUUUGUGACACUCUGCAAAAUGCUAAAGGCAUCAGCAGACAAUUUCCCAAGAGAAGAGAUUCCCACUCUUCUGGGACUUAUAGCUUCACUCUAUAAAGAAAAUUGCAAGCUAAAAAAACAGGCAGAGGAAGUCAAGAAGCUCAUGGAGAAACAAUGA